GUUUUAGUGCGGAAUUUGGCGUCCUUGUUUUGAAAGGGGUUGAAUAGAUAGGACUGGGCUAGUUUGAGCAAGAUGAUUUUCGAUUGGAAUGAUGAGAGUAUCAGCAUCGUGGAUUGCUGGAUAUUUGUACCUCGGAACUUUAGACUUCUGGAGGAACUUGAACGUGGAGAGAAAGGUAUUGGAGAUGGCACAGUUAGCUAUGGAAUGGAUGAUGGAGAUGACAUUUACAUGCGUUCUUGGACGGGUACCAUAAUUGGUCCACAUAAUUCAGUGCAUGAAAAUCGUAUUUAUCAGUUGAAGCUCUUCUGCGAUAAAGAUUACCCUGAGAAACCUCCAAGCGUUCGCUUCCAUUCACGGAUCAAUAUGACAUGUGUUAACCAUGAAAAUGGAAUGGU